AUAUUUUCAAAUGUUGUGUCGAGCGGACGAGAUUGUUAAGGUGUUGCCGAUCGGCAUUAAUAUAGUUGUAUACCUACAAGCUAGAUUAAAAACACGUUAUUUGGGAGCAAAAAAGAAGAGUUGACUAAACAAAACUUUUUGGCACGCAACCCAACCGCCGUGAAUCGCAUAUAAAUACGACCGCCAGUUUCGCAUUUUCUUCAUUCGGCAUCGCAGAGUUCGCAAUCGAGUAAAUUAUCUGCUGAAUCGUCAUGAAGUACACGAUCCUUUUACUGUUGGCAUUUGUGAUGGGAUGCACCGCCCAGAGACCCAUGUAUUCCCCCGAUAGGUAUCCGGUUUUCCCCGUGCGUUUCACGCUGCCACGGUACCCGCACAACUAUGGUGCUGGUCGAUUCCCCAACACACAGACUGUCGGCGAUCAAUUUGAAUGUGAAAAGGAGUUGCAAAAGAUGAGCCAGCGGUUGACUGACACGAAUGACGCGAUUGAAACGUUGAAAAAGGAGCUGAAGGUCGAGAAUGAGCAACUCAAAAAAGAAUUGGCCGAAAUUAAAAAAAAUUCUGGGGGAAAUGUUUCAGAAUUUAAAAAGCAAUUGGACGAAACGACAGUCACUGUUGACACUUCCACCAGUGAAAUUUUGAAAAAGGAGCUGAAUGCAGAGAAUGAGCAAAUCCGAAAGGAGUUGGAAGACUUGAAGAAAACUGUAAACGAAAAUAUGGAAGAAACAAAAUUCAAAUUUGUCGCAAUGGAUGAACGAUUAUUCGCAACCGAAAUCAAUUUAACUGAGUCGAGUCAAAAACUUGUCUUCAUGGAGUUUGGGCUUGCGGGUCAGUCUCAAGUGCAAGAAUCGCUCUCGUUGAGCCUUGACCAAUUAAGUAAAGAAUAUACUACUAAAUAUGAGGGUAUGUUGAACCAAAUGGCGGCAGAUACCAAUCAACUAUAUUUUGACUUACAGAGUAGAUUGUCCGAAACCGAUAUGACAUUAAAGGAGACCGUGAAUAAAUUUGAAGAAUUUAAGACCAAGUUUGAAGAGAUUCAAACUGGCAAAAAUUCAGGCAAAAUUGAUUUAGUAUCUGGAAAAUUGGGGGAAAGAAAUUCAGCCAUCGAAAAUUUGAGGACGGAUUUCGAGGAAACUAAGCAAAACUUGGCGGACACAAAUUCAGCCCUUAAACAAUUGCAAGAAGAUUUCAAAGUUAGAGGACUUCCCAAAUCCAUCGGCAAAAUGCCGACAUCCUGUGCGGAUCUCAAACAAAUCGGAUACUUAAAAAGCGGAGUGUACUCCGUCAUGGGCGGAAAAAAUGUCCUUAACGUCUACUGCGAUUUCACGGUCGACGACAAAAAAAUGGAGAAGCUGAUCGGACCACCGUCCAAUUAAGACAAAAAAAAAGGCGAUCAUGUACACCACACUUCGGGCACCAUUUCUCUCUAUGACAACAACUACCAUCACUCGGACUUCUUUGGCUGGCUCAUCGAGAAAAUCAUGUCACAGAAAAAUGUGUCCCAACAUUUGAAAUCUUUAAUUUAAAAAUGGGGCUUGGGAAGCAAAUACAAAGAAAAAUUUCUUUAAAUGAAAA